AUGCGUCUACAAACAGCUGCGGAUGCCUUCCGUUGCAAGACCUUCCCCAUGUUUCUUAAGGGUAAGGCACGGCUCUGGUUCCAGGGCCUGGCGCCGGGGUCUAUCCGGAGUUUCACCGAGCUGGCCAGACAGUUCGCCUCCCAGUUCGUCUCAUCGAAGACUUAUUCGAAAAACGCGGCCCACCUGAUGGCCAUCAGGCAGAAGCCGGACGAGUCCCUGAAGAACUUCAUGACGCGCUUCAAUACAGAAAGCCUGCAGAUCAGGGACAAGGAUGAGAAAGUGGUCAUGACUGCUUUCAUGAACGGGCUAAGGGUAGAGGAGCUCUAUUACAAGCUUGUCGAACAGCCCCCCAAGAAUUUGGGAGAGCUCUUGACCCGGGCUCAUGCCGCUGCUAACGCAGAGGAGGCCGGCCGCCUGAAACGAGAAUCCGAUCGGGAGCUCAGGGACCGGACAGGACGGGCGAACCCCCCUGACACAAAGAACGGCCAGGCCAGGAAGAACGUUUUCGAUCGCCUCUCUAAGGAUAAAGCCCCUACUCCGCCACCGAUCCCCGAGAAAGGCUAUACCCCCUUAACUCGGUCCAGGGGCCAAAUACUGGCUGUCAUGAAGACAGAGGGCCUGGGGGACCGGCCGCCUAAAAUGGGCACACCUCGGAAUAAGAGAAACCAGGACCGGUACUGUGCCUUCCACAGGGACGUCGGACAUGACACUGAGGGGUGCUGGGCCCUAAAGAGAGAAAUCGAGGACCUUGUCCAGCGCGGCUUCUUGGGGCGAUUUGUGCGGCAAGGUCGCCCAGGCCAGGAGCCGGGACGCACCUACCGUGGCGAGAGAAGUGAGGGGCAGCACCGUGACCGACCAGAUCGGCGUGGCGUACCCCGGGGUUAUUCACCCGACCAAGAUGCCCACAACUUGGCCGGGGUGAUAAACACCAUUGCCGGCGGCCCCACAGGGGGGGACAGCCGUACAGCUCGGAAAAACAAGCGAUCUCCUCCCGAAGGAGACGACUCCCUAAAACGCCUGCGUAUGGACGAGAAGAUCACUUCGGGCCGAGGGAUGCGGUUCCCCUAG